AUGUCUCGCGCCAACCCCGCCAACGCCGGGGCCACCUCGCGCAAGAUUUCGUUCAACGUGAGCGAGCAGUAUGACAUCCAAGACGUCGUCGGCGAGGGCGCCUACGGCGUCGUCUGCUCCGCCAUCCACAAGCCGUCGGGCCAAAAGGUGGCCAUCAAGAAGAUCACGCCCUUCGACCACUCCAUGUUCUGUCUGAGAACGUUGCGGGAGAUGAAGCUCCUGCGCUACUUCAACCACGAAAACAUCAUUUCCAUCCUCGACAUACAAAAGCCCCGAACCUACGAGUCCUUCAACGAGGUCUACCUGAUCCAGGAGCUGAUGGAGACGGACAUGCACCGCGUCAUUCGCACGCAGGACCUGUCGGACGAUCACUGCCAGUACUUCAUCUACCAGACGCUGCGCGCCCUCAAGGCGAUGCACUCGGCCAACGUGCUGCACCGGGAUCUCAAGCCGUCCAACUUGCUCCUCAACGCCAACUGCGACCUCAAGGUCUGCGACUUCGGCCUCGCCCGCUCCGCCGCCUCCCAGGAGGACAACUCGGGCUUCAUGACGGAAUACGUCGCGACCCGAUGGUACCGCGCGCCCGAGAUCAUGCUGACGUUCAAGGAGUACACAAAGGCCAUCGACGUCUGGUCCGUCGGCUGCAUCCUGGCCGAGAUGCUCAGCGGCAAGCCGCUCUUCCCCGGCAAGGACUACCACCACCAGUUGACCCUCAUCCUCGACGUGCUGGGCACGCCCACCAUGGAGGACUACUACGGCAUCAAGUCCCGCCGGGCCCGCGAGUACAUCCGCUCGCUGCCCUUCAAGAAGAAGGUGCCCUUCCGGACGCUGUUCCCGAAGACGACGGAUCUGGCGCUCGACCUCCUCGAGAAGCUGCUGGCCUUCAACCCGGUGAAGCGCAUCACCGUCGAGGAGGCGCUCAAGCAUCCGUACCUGGAGCCCUAUCAUGACCCCGAGGACGAACCGACGGCGCCGCCGAUCCCGGAAGCCUUCUUCGACUUUGACAAGCAAAAGGACACGUUGAGCAAGGAGCAGCUGAAGCAGCUCAUCUACGAAGAGAUUAUGCGUUGA